AUGACUUCAUGGAUGUUGUCCAGACAGUUUACAAGAAAGCUCUCAACUGGCCUUCUUUUGAACCAACAAUCUGUCAAGCACAGUGGUCCUACUGGUAUAAUGUUUAUGAACAUGGGAGGCCCAUCUAAGGUCGAGGAAACUCACGAUUUUCUGUACGAGUUAUUUGCAGACAAUGAUUUGAUACCAAUUUCCAAGAAAUAUCAGUCAACUAUUGCUAAGUAUAUCGCAAAAUGGAGGACACCAAAGAUUAUCAAACAGUACAAUGAAAUUGGCGGUGGAUCACCAAUUCGGAAGUGGUCAGAGUACCAAUGCUCGAAAGUUUGUGAGAUCUUGGAUAAUAUUUCACCACAAACGGCACCACAUAAACCUUAUGUUGCAUUCAGAUAUGCCAAGCCCCAAACUGAUGAGACCUAUCAGAAUAUGUUAAAAGAUGGUGUUACAAGGGGCGUAGCAUUUUCCCAGUAUCCACAAUUCUCAUAUUCCACCACUGCAUCUUCGAUAAAUGAGUUAUGGAGACAAGUGAAGAAAUUGGACCCUUCAAGAUCAAUUACUUGGUCAGUCAUUGAUAGAUGGCCCACUCAAGAAGGACUAAUCAAUGGGUUUGCUGAAAAUAUUAACCGAAAAUUAGAAGAAUUCCCUGUCAGUGUCAGAGACCAAGUUGUAUUACUAUUUUCAGCCCAUUCUUUGCCCAUGGAUGUGGUAAAUACUGGCGACUCAUAUCCUGCUGAAGUCGCAGCCACUGUAUAUAAGACAGUGGAAAAGCUGAACUUUAAAAAUCCUUACAGAUUAACAUGGCAAUCCCAAGUUGGACCUAAACCAUGGCUUGGUGCUCAAACAGCAAGGAUAGUAGAAUUUUUAUCGUCUAGAGCGGAUGUACCAGGAAUCUGUUUAAUCCCCAUAGCAUUUACGUCUGAUCACAUUGAGACACUAUAUGAGCUUGAUUUGGAAAUGAUAAAGAAAUCCAAAUACAGUUCGAAACUGAAAAGAUGUGACUCUUUGAAUGGAAAUGAGACUUUCAUUAAAGGUAUGGCACAUCUUGUCAAAGAUCAUCUUGAAAAUGGCAAGUGUUUUUCAAAGCAGUUACCACUAGAUUUUCAGCUUGGGAAGUCGAAUGACCCUGUUUCAAAUCUAGAAGAGUUAUUCACAAAGUCCUGA